AUGCGAGGGGCUGUCCGAAUCAUGAAGCACAUGAUUGUUUCCACAAGACGUGCGUCUUCACCGAUAAGGAACCGAAAUGUGAUGGCUCAAAGAGUACAGAGGUCCUACAGUGUCAACGAUAUCGAGCUAACUGAAGACCAGAGGCAAGACCUUCAACAAGCCUUUGGUAUGUUUAAGACAUCACGAAAGGGUAAAAUAUCGGCACGAGACUUGGGUCCUAUGUUAAGGUGCUUGGGUUGGAAUCCAUCGGAACGAGAUUUGGAAGAGGCCCGACAAGAGCUUGAUGUCAGUGCUAGCGGACGGAUUACAUACGCCGACGUGGAGAAAUAUGUCUCUCGUCAUGGUGGUAUUUGUCAUCGGACAGAAGAGGAAGAAGAAGAUGUUUUAGGGGCUUUUAAGGUCCUAGAUAAAUUAGGGACAGGUAAAAUACCAGUGAAGGACUUCAGAAGGUACCUGACAACAAUGGGUGACAAAAUGGCGCCCGACGAAGUAGAAGAAAUUAUUCGUUACGCAAAAAAGGACAGCAGAGGGUAUAUUGAAUACAGAGAUCUCAUUAGAGAACUCCAUUCCAGUCCCUGA